UAACGUCUAUCAACAAAUGGAUGGACUGUCACGACUGAAUGUGACAUGUCAGGUUUCUAAUGCAGCCCUUGAAACACCUUACGAAGUGCACGGCAUUCUAUGUAACGUGGAGAAAGGUAGUACGCCUGUGCUGACAGUUCCUGAAUUCCUUGAUGGAGAAAACUCGACAGCAAUAUGUGAAGUGCGCGAUGCUAUCCCAGCUCCGUUAAUAGAAAUACGUCUUGGGAAUCAGUUGCUAUCUGAUGCUCAACAAACUGAUUCAUUUAAUGGAUCUUCCAAUACGUUUACUAGCACAGCAAAUGUGACAAAGAUUAACAAGAAUUGGAAUGGACAAAAAAUGUGCUGCGAUAGGAAAAGCAAAGACGAUUUUGGUCUUAAAGAUGAUUCAGUAUGCAAAAACAUUAGUAUAAAAUAUCCACCGUCGCACGUUUCGAUGACCGUAAACAAAAUACAUAAAUAUAGCAACAAUGUUUCUGUCUGUUUUUUAAAUAUAUCUUGUGAAACAAAUGAAUCAAAUCCGCCUUGCUUAAUUGAAUGGUCGAGCGACAUCGAUAAUUUGAGAUAUGUUGAUAAGAACGACUGGACUAAUGGUGAAAAUGUGGCCGAACUCUGUACUUGAACACGACAUCGCCUGUUGUUUUACAUCCAAAUAUUACAGUGACCGUCAAAUGUUUCGUGGAUGACCUGCAUAAUUCAGAGCAAUGGAAUCUUUGGUGGGAAUAUGAAAAUAAAACUGUUAUAAGAAAUUGUAACGAAACAGAUGAA